UUAGACCUCUAGUGGGUGUUUUCGAAAGCACUGCUCCGUUCUCGUUCUCGUUGGUUUUUGCUGGCAGUCGAGUCGAGCGAGCGCACAGCACGAAUUUGCCGCAGCGGCCCAGAUAAACAAAGAUGGCAGGCGGCGACGUUGAAAAGGCUAAGGCCAACAACGAGAGCAACAUUCGCAACCUCAAGCUGUCAGGUCAUGUCGGCUUUGACAGCCUGCCCGAUCAACUUGUCAACAAAUCCGUCCAGAACGGAUUCAUUUUCAACAUCCUAUGCAUCGGCGAGACUGGAAUUGGCAAGUCGACUUUGAUGGACUCGCUGUUCAACACGAGUUUUGAGUCGCAGCCAAGUCCGCACAACCUCCCGACGGUGAAGCUGAAGGCACACACCUAUGAGCUUCAGGAGAGCAACGUCCGUCUCAAGCUGACCAUUGUUGAUACAGUUGGCUACGGAGACCAGAUCAACAAGGAGGAGAGUUACAAGGCAGUCGUCGACUACAUCGACGCCCAGUUUGAGUCAUACCUGCAGGAGGAGCUCAAGAUCAAGCGCUCCUUAACCGCCUACCAUGACACUCGCAUCCAUGUCUGCCUCUACUUUAUCUGUCCAACAGGCCAUGGGCUGAAAUCGCUCGAUCUGGUUUGUAUGAAGCAGCUGGACAAAAAGGUCAACAUCAUUCCGAUCAUUGCGAAAGCCGACACUGUUUCUAAAAAUGAACUCCAAAAGUUCAAGUCCAAAAUUAUGGCUGAAUUGCAAAAUAAUGGUGUGAGCAUCUAUGAAUUUCCCACGGACGAUGAAACUGUUUCCGAAGUCAAUUCCUCCAUGAACACUCACACUCCUUUUGCCGUCGUUGGCAGCACAGAGUUCGUCCGGGUUGGCAACAAGAUGAUGAGGUCUCGACAGUAUCCCUGGGGAACAGUUCAAGUUGAGAACGAAAACCACUGCGACUUUGUGAAAUUGAGAGAAAUGCUGAUCCGCACAAAUAUGGAAGACAUGCGAGAAAAGACCCACGGCCGUCAUUAUGAACUCUACAGAAAGAGACGACUUGAGCAGAUGGGUUUCACUGAUGUUGACUCUGAAAACAAGCCAGUGAGCUUCCAGCAGACUUUCGAGCACAAGAGGAGCACACAUUUGCAAGAGCUGCAGCAGAAAGAAGACGAAAUGCGCCAGAUGUUCAUACAGAGAGUUAAGGAAAAGGAGGCCGAGCUGAAGGAUGCUGAAAAAGAUCUGCAUGCUAAAUUCGACAAGCUUAAGAAGGACCACACAGACGAGAAGAGCAAAUUGGACGACUCGCGCCGCAAGCUGGAAGAAGAGAUGGUCGAGUACAACCGUCGAAAGGCCCAAAUCCAAAGCGGCUCGCACACUUUAACACUAGGAAAGAGCAAGAAGAAGUGAAUCUUGAUAGUCACGUCUCUCUAAAAUUUUAUCUUUUAUGUACUCAUGAGUUCUUGAAAUUCCUUUGAUCUGAAGAUCUAUAAUAUUAUAUUGUUAAGUUCGAUUGAACCAAUAUUAAGCUGAGCAUAACUCGGACUUUCUUGUCUAGUAAAUUUACUAGUAGUACGUAAUCAUGAAAUUGAAGUAAGAUUUAUACACAUACAUAUAUUAAUGAACAAUGAAUUAUAUAAUCUUGUUGUAUAUGAGUCCAGGAAGCGUCAGCCAUGUAUCGGAUAAGAAAAAUGACAUGUGUAUUAUUAUAUGUAUUGUAUGCAUUUAAUAAGCGCGAUGGUAAUUUAUUGAAAGAAAUGUAUAGCAACUUGUAUUUACGAACAAGCAAACGAUUCACUUUACCAUUUUCAUAAUUAAUUGCUUCUUUUUUUUUUGUUAAUUGUAUUGCUCUUUAAUUUUAAGCCUGGAGAGAACGUGUUAAUUGCCUUCCAAAAACAAUAUCAAUAAACAGUUUUUAUCAGCACAAA